GCCAGUGUGCGAGGCAGCGUGAAGCUGGGGCCUGCUCCCCGCAGCCUCUGGAGCGCAUCUCAGACCUUCCGAGACCUAUGUUGCUGGCCCCCCAGAACCCACAACAUGGCAGAUGGGGCGCAGGCCAACCCCAAAGGGUUCAAAAAGAAGGUGCUGGAUAGAUGCUUCUCUGGGUGGAGGGGCCCACGCUUCGGGGCCUCCUGUCCUUCAAGAACCUCCAGGUCUAGCCUGGGUAUGAAGAAGUUCUUCGCUGUGGCCAUCCUUGCUGGCAGCGUUCUGUCCACAGCUCACGGAAGCCUGCUCAACCUGAAGGCCAUGGUGGAGGCCGUCACAGGGAGGAGCGCCAUCCUGUCCUUCGUGGGCUACGGUUGCUACUGUGGGCUGGGGGGCCGUGGCCAGCCCAAGGAUGAGGUGGACUGGUGCUGCCACGCCCACGACUGCUGCUACCAGGAACUCUUUGACCAAGGCUGUCACCCCUAUGUGGACCACUAUGAUCACACCAUCGAGAACAACACUGAGAUAGUCUGCAGUGACCUCAACAAGACAGAGUGUGACAAGCAGACAUGCAUGUGUGACAAGAACGUGGUUCUGUGCCUCUUGAACCAGACGUACCGAGAGGAGUACCGUGGCUUCCUCAAUGUCUACUGCCAGGGCCCCACGCCCAGCUGCAGCAUCUAUGAACCGCCCCCUGAGGAGGUCACCUGCAGUCACCAAUCCCCAGCGCUCCCCGCCCCUCCCUAGAGCCUCUGAGGUCUGAGAGAGAAGAGCGGGAGGAGGGUCUGGCUUGGGGACCAGACGAGGUGCAGGGAGGGUAGGAGCCAGGCCGGGAGCCGGAGGGUUGCUGGUUGCCUCCUCCCUGGAGCUCUCCAGUGAGGGCUCAGCCCUCAGAGGACUCAGGAAGGCCUGGGUCCUGACUCCCCCAGCCCAGCCCCAGGCAUGGGUGCCUCCUGCUGCUGGUUCUGGACUGGGUGGGAGGCAUGGAGCUUAUAGGGGUCUCUCCUGAGGGUGGCCGGGGAGACCUGAGAGAGAGGAGGAGGGGCCUCUGAGUGGGGCCUCUGUUGCUGGCGCCAGUUUAACUCCCCGGAACCUUAGAAAGUCUGGGCCUGAGCAUCCAGGCCCAGAGCUGGAUGCAUCCUCGGCCCAAGAUCACAGGAAGGCAGAUUGCUGGUCACAAAGCAUGGGUUCCGGGAGCCCCUCAGCUGAUCCCACAGGAUGGCCUGGGGUGGUGGGCUACUUUGGGCUUGAGGCUCUCUAGAGCCCCAUUCACAGAGCAGGUGCCCCACCCCAGCCCUCACUGAGGUGGCCGUGAGUCCAGGUUCAGACCCUAGGGGAUGUGCAGUGCUGAGUGUCCCAGCCCCGAAGUCCAGCCUCAGAGCAGGCUCCUGGGCACUGACAGAGCCACACACCCAGGUACACCUCCCAGGCUAAUAUGGGGACACACAAAAAUAUGGCCUUCAACACCUACAAGUCUUCUCUGUGCCCCCCAUCGACCCAUGCACGUCACCCCAACCCUGCUCUGCCACACCACGUGGGUCUGAGGAGCACUCCUACCUGCCGGCUCCGGGUCCCUGACAGACACUGCCCUCCUGGCCUGCACCUGGAACGGCAGCCAGAACACUGGAGGGGGACCCACACCCUCUCUCCCUGGGCUGUGGAUGGGUGUCGCAAGUCCCAUCCCUCCUGGCCUGCACCUGGAACAGCAGCCAGAACACCGGAGGGGGACCCACACCCUCUCUCCCUGGGCUGUGGGCAGGCGUCACAAGUCCCAUUGGUGGGGAAGAGGCUGAGGGCUGAGACCCACCUCAGUGAAGAGGGAAACAUAAGCAGGGAGAGCAUCAAGGCGGGAGGCAGCCUGGAAACUUCUAGAAGAGGGUCAAGGUAGGAGGCUACAUGGAAGCUUCUAGAAGGCCGUAAGGAACAGGGUGGUGAAGGAGAGGGGAGAAGAUGGGAGCAUGGAGAGACGAGGUGAGUGACAGCCGCCAGCAGGGACGGGCCUCCAGGCAACACAGAGGAGCUGGGGGCCAGGGCCUUACGGGGCUGGGUUCCUGUGUGGGGCGUGGAGCUGGGGCUGAAGUGGAGGGGACGGCCCUGCGGCCCCCAGCACUGUUGUUUCUCCAGGUGCACCUUACCUUCCUCCUUACCUGCCCAAGCCUCAACUCAGGGUCAGCAGCCUCCACGGAGCCAGCCCCACCUGCCCGAAAACCACUGAAGCCACCCUCCGCCUGGACUCAACAGCCACCAGCAAGCUCGCCUGGCAGUGCCCCUGGAGCACCAUUGUCGCUGGGGAGGGAGAGCCGGGAAGGGUGGAGAAGGAGGCAGAAGGGACAUGUAUGAAAAAAGACAGGAAACCUGACCAGAGGCGGUUUCCAGAGCCCCAGCCUUGGAGACAAGGACACUGCCACCCAGCGCCACAGUCAGUCUGGGAGGGGCCCACGCCCCCCACCCCCCACGCCACACCGCCGCCUCCUACUGGCCAUGGUUCUCCGGCUGGGGGGAACGCAGGUUCCCAGCUGCGCCCCUCCCCCCCCGCACACACACCCUCCCCUGUCCCUCGGAAAGUCUAGGCCAGGGUCUGGGGAUGGGAUUCUGAUGCCAGGGGUCCUGCCUGCCCCCACUCACCCCAGACGCUUCGGAUGCUGCAGCUCCUGGAUAAUCUCCACAGGACUCGGCUUCCUCUCCUCAAAUGAAUAAAGGCCUCCUACCUCAA